GUACCAAACAAAAUGGUGAAACUUUAAAUAAUGUUAUAUUGCCGCCCUGGGCUAAACAAGACCCUAGAGAGUUUAUAAGGUUACAUCGCAGUGCCUUGGAAUGUGAUUAUGUUAGUCAAAAUUUACAUUCUGUGGAUCGAUUUAAUAUUUGGCCACAAACAACAAGGACCUGCCGCUGUAGAAGCUGUUAAUGUUUUCCAUCACCUCUUCUAUGAGGGCAAUGUGGAUAUUUACAAUAUCGAUGAUCCUUUAAAGAAAAAUGCCACUAUUGGUUUCAUUAACAAUUUUGGCCAGAUUCCUAAACAAUUGUUUAAGAAACCCCAUCCCGCCAAGAAAAUGUCUGGCAAUAGACAUUCAACUUUAAUUGAUCCUAGCGCUUUAAUACAAGGCAAUACUACUGUUUUACAAUCCGAUCGUUUGUUCUUCCAUAAUUUGGAUAAUCUCAAGCCCAGUUUACAGCCCAUUAAGGAACUGAAAGGACCUGUGGGCCAGAUAUUGCAACCGGAUAAGACUGUUUUUGCCGUGGAACAAAAUAAGGUUAUGAUGCCGCCAUCAUAUACAAAAUACAUAGCUUGGGGUUUUGCUGAUCAUUCACUGCGCGUCGGUCUUUACGAUACUGAUCGUGCCUCAUUUGUCUCGGAAGCAGCCGCCCAAAAUUCAGGAGAAAUCUUAACCUGUGCUUGUCCCAAUUCCAAAAUGAUUAUAACAGCUGGCACUAGCUCUGUUAUAACGGUAUGGAAAUUUGAUGCGAAUCGUAAAAGUCUGACCGUACGUCACUCAUUGCACGGUCAUACAGAUGCUGUGACAUGUUUAGCAGCUAGUGCUGCUUAUAAUGUAAUAGUAUCGGGAUCUAGAGAUGGUACAGCAAUUGUAUGGGAUAUGGCUAGAUUUACAUUUGUAAGACAACUGAGGGGACAUGUAGGUGUAGUGGCAGCAGUAGCUAUAAAUGAACUAACAGGAGAUAUAGCCACCUGCUCUGCCACUUGGUUGCAUGUUUGGUCAAUAAAUGGUGAUGCUCUGGCCACGGUUAAUACCUGUGUGGGUAGUGCGGAUAGAAUGCAGCAAAUAUUAUGUGUGGCCUUUUCGCAGAUACGUGAAUGGGAUCAACAGAAUGUGGUGAUAACCGGGUCAACAGAUGGUGUUGUAAGGAUGUGGUCUUUGGAAUAUGUUCAAGUACCGAUUGAACGUAAACUCAAAAGAUGUGCUGAGAUUAAAUCACAAGAAAAUCCCGAUAAUCAAUCCGAUAAAGAGGAUGAAGAAACAAAAAAUGCAGAGAAUUCGAAGAAAAUCGAUAUUAUAAAACAAAUGCAAGGCAUAUCAUCGCAUGAUGAAAAUGAAAUCCAUAAAUCCGCUUCUGAAUCUAGCAUAUCUGAAGCCUCAAAUCAUUCGAAUAACUCAACACAAUCUGAUAAACCCAAUAAAAAGGAAUGUGAACCGCCUGUAACCUCCGAAAGACGUAAAAGUUCUUUUUCGGGAGCAAAAUCUUUGCAUGAAAUUAAAUCAUCUACAGUAGAUCAUCCCAAUUCCCUGAAAAAUAAUGAAGACGAAGAACGUGCUACUAUACGACCUAGUAAAUCAGAUACCAGUCUUACGGACGGUUUUGUUAUGAUUGACAGUCAUAAGGGCGAACAUUGUUUAAAGAAGGGUUUUAAAUGGCAACGUCAAUUAAUGUUUAGAUCUAAGCUGACCAUGCAUACGGCUUACGAUCGAAAGGAUAAUGCUGAACCUGCUAGCAUAACAGCUUUAACCGUUUCAAAAGAUCAUAAAAUUUUAUAUGUGGGUGAUGCCCGCGGUCGCAUUUAUUCGUGGUGUGUUACGGAACAACCAGGACGGGGUGUGGCGGAUCAUUGGCUAAAGGAUGAGGGAGCCGAUCAAUGUGUUAAGUGUCAUGUUAAGCGUCCCAAAGAAGUUAGACUUUCGCGAAUUUUAUCCUUUACUGAGCAUUUUUCUUGAAAAUGUAAUAUUUUCAAAGGUG